AUGGCUUUCCUAUCCCUUCCUAUCCUAACAGCGCUCGGCGCAGUCGUUUACGUGCUCUUCCAACUCGUGUACAACCUCUACUUCCACCCACUACGCGACUAUCCCGGUCCUCUGCUAUGGCGAGCCAGCUCUCUUCCUUGGAAACUGACCCUCCUUCGCGGCACAAUGCAUCACGACCUGAUGCGCCACCACCAGACGUACGGCGAUACUGUGCGCAUAAAGCCUGACGAGAUUAGCUACGCAAAUGGCCAGGCCUGGCGCGACAUCCACGCCCACGUACCUGGGCGCCCAGAAUUCCUCAAAGACCCUGUCCGCCUGCCACUGGCUCCAAACGGGGUUAUGAGCAUUCUCGUCUCUGACACUCGCAACCACGCCCGGUUCCGGAGUCUGUUCGGCCACGCUUUUAGUGACAAGGGGCUUCGCGCGCAGGAGCCCACGAUUGCCCGCUAUGCUGAUUUACUGGUCGAAGUCCUCCGCGAGGUUGCCGAUACUGGCAAGUCAGUCGAGAUGGUCCGUUAUUUCAACAUGGCGAUCUUUGACUCCAUUGGCGCGCUCUCAUUUGGGGAAUCCUUCGACAGCCUCAGGAACCGCGAGCUCCACCCGUGGGUAGACACGAUCCACAAGAAUCUCAAAAGUGUCGCCAUCUCACACGUUCUCCGCAGCAUGGGCGUCGAGUUCCUGGCCCCCUAUCUAAUGCCGGCCGAGCUGCGCGGCAAGCGACAAGAGAACUACACAUAUGCCAUAGAAAAACUCAAGAAACGUAUGCAAAAGACGGGUGAUCAGGGCGACUUCUGGGACCGGGUAAUCGUCAAAAGUGCCGACGGGAACCAAUCAGGAGAUGGAAUGAGCUAUGGCGAGAUGAUCAACAACGCGGCGGUCAUGGUGGUCGCCGGGUCUGAGACGACCUCGUCGGCGCUAUGCGGCUGCACGUAUCUACUCUGCAAAUUUGAUAAGAUGGACAAGGCUGUCGCCGAGGUUCGGGGCGCAUUCGCGGCCGCCGACCAGAUCGACCUGGUCUCUGUCUCUCGGUUGCCGUACCUGACGGCCGUCAUCGACGAAACCUUGCGCAUGUACCCCUCGGUCCCUGGACAGCCGCCCAGAGUGGUGCCAGAGGGCGGAGCAAUAGUAUGCGGACGGUUCGUUCCUGCUGAGACCCGCGUCGGUGUCAGCCACCUGGGCGCUUACUACGCGCCAUACAACUUCAGCCAUGCGGACAAGUUCAUUCCUGAGCGGCAUCUGGCCGGUGCCAAGUUAGAGGAGCCGUUCCGACACGACAACUAUGCGGCGUACCAGCCGUGGUCUGUAGGAGUGCGCAACUGCAUUGGACGGAACCUGGCCUAUGCAGAGGUCAGGCUGACGCUGGCUAAACUGCUGUGGCAUUUUGAUAUAAGCCUGGACGAGGAGAGGACGGGGAACUUUUUGGACCAGAAGAUCUGGUCAAUUUGGGCGAAGAGGGAGCUGUAUCUGGAAAUUCGGACCAGGGAAUUUUAGCAUGUAGGUAGGGUCUAAAUGAGGCUGUGCUAGUUUUCACUAAGUCAGAACGAACUUGAUACUUUAUUA